GUUGCUUGUUGGAUUGACAACCGAUCAAGUUGAAAAUGACAUCAUUUUGACCCACCCAACAAAAAUUACCUAUAUCUAAUGCGAACUUCUUGGACAAUUCAGGACAAUUCUUUCAUCCAUCCAUCGUGACAUCGAUCGUCAUCUUUGUGUAUCCGUUUUACAAAUCAAAGUAUUCAAGUAUUAGAGAACAUCAUAAUCAAAAUGUCACCAUCUGGAACUAAUCAUCGAUUCCUGGAAGAUUCAAAAGAAAUUGUAGUCAUCCCAUGUCCUUUUAGCGGUGGACAACCAAAAGCGGGAGUAGAUGAAGGACCGAAACAGUUACUCGAAGCUGGUUUACUAAAAGGAAUCGAAUCAUUAGGUUAUACAACAUUUGUAGAUGAAUUGGUUCCAGUUCAAAUCGAAGCAGAAGAUGAUCCACCGAUUGGAAUCUUAAAAAAUCCUAAAACGGUUUCUUUCACUAAUCAAGAAUUAACGAAAUUGAUUGGUAAACACACUAAGGCUGGGAAAUUGAUUCUUACCAUUGGUGGGGAUCAUUCUUUGGCUAUUGGAACUGUUAGUGGAACUUUAGAAGCGUAUCCUGAUGCUUGUUUGAUUUGGGUCGAUGCUCAUGCCGAUAUAAAUACACCAGAUUCAACUGAAUCAGGCAAUUUACAUGGCUGUCCAAUUUCAUUUUUAUUAUCAUCAAUCAAAGCAGGAAAAGAUAUAGAACCAUUUCAAUGGAUUAAACCGAUUCUAGAACCAAAUCGAUUAGUUUAUAUCGGAUUAAGAGAUGUAGAUGAAGGUGAAAGGAAGAUUUUAAAAGAGCAUUCGAUUCUUUGUUAUUCUAUGCAUCAAGUGGAUCGAUAUGGGAUUGGAAAAGUAGUAGAAAUGGCUUUGGAAGCAGUGAAUCCAGGUUUGAAAAGACCUAUACAUCUUUCAUUCGAUGUGGAUGCAUUAGAUCCAACAGUAGCACCUUCAACUGGUACACCUGUCAGAGGUGGUCUUACUUUUAGAGAAGGUCAUUAUAUUUGUGAAAGGAUUUUUGAAACUGGCUGUUUGGUUUCAUUAGAUUUGAUGGAAGUUAAUCCCAAUUUAAAAUCUAAAGAUGAUGUUGAAGCUACUCUUGCUGUUGGUCAAAGUUUAGUAAGGUCAGCUUUAGGUGAAAGCUUGUUGUGAAAGUAUUAAAUCAAAGCAUUUUUUAGAAAGUUUCAAUUGUAUUGAUAGUUUUUUGAACUUUAAAGCAUUUUUUUGUUAUUAUCUU